AUGGCGACGAUCGCUGAAGGUGGCCCGAGUGCAAGGCCAGAAAACCGGGAGAGCGACGGAGACUCUUCUUCAAUAUCUGGUAGUUCGUACAUAGGCAGCGAUUCACCCGACCGCGACCCGAUUACACGUCAGUGGCGAACAGACGAUAACGGGGACGAAGAGCAGGCUUGCGGGCGCUCCGCCGAGCCCAUACAUACAACAGAGCGAGUUGUCGCCAGCACUGACAACAAUCCCGACGCGGAUGCAGAAACACACGAUGUACCCACGGAAGAGCCGCAGACAGUUUCGCAAGAGAGCGUCACAGAUGCGUUGCAAGACGUACCCGGAAGCUCGGAGGCUUUGGACUCGAACACCACGGAAGAAACCUCCGGUCCAGUGCCGGAUGAAUCUGUCUCCACACGCACUGCAACUCCGGUGCCCGACGGUCCAGGGGCUGUUGUAGAAGGCACCUCGGAAACCGGAGUAGUUAUGAGCGAGAGUGAUUCUUCUUUGCCAAGCACACUGCAGGUAGAAGAAGCUGUUCAAGAAUCAACUUCGAAUCAGCCAGAAGCCCCUCCGGACACGGAGACCCAACCUGCUGCCCAAAGUGCAGUUUCUCCACCGCAAGACGCCCUUCUAAGAGCAGAUACUGCUGUUCAACCAGAAGGAUCGUCAAUGCAGGACGACACGCGCACACGAGCAGGAACUUCACCUCGUCAGGAACCCCGCUCUUUACUGGACGCACUCGAUUCAUCCACGCCAGCUCAUUCUCAGCGAUCUUCGCAUCGGACCCCAGGGACAGGACGACGAGGGCCGGUUAUAGUGUACGGUGGGUACAGGUCAAGACCCAGCGGUCGCCUCUCACCACAGCCACCAGCACAGGCUGUGCGUUCUAUGCUGCUCCCAUCACAAGAACCACCAUUGCCAGCCCGACCACCCACUCCGCCGCCUUUGCCACGGGACCCCGUCCCAACGCCAGCUAAUCAGCCGAGGAUCGAGAUAAGUAACCCCGAAGGCGAGGUGAAUGGCGAUGCGGGAGAGAGAAGCCCAUCUAGCGUCGGUGUUGUACUACCCCGAUGGCAGCCAGACGUCGAGGUCACCAUAUGCCCGAUAUGUCGUACACAAUUCGGCUGGCUCAAUAGGAAACACCACUGUCGGGUGGUUUGUAACUCUUGCUCUCCCCACCGCAUAACAAUCCCUUAUCAGUUCAUCGUUCAGCCUCCCGGCACGCCGCAGAGAUCCCCAUCCACCCUCCCUGUCGACAGCCCAGGAGGUUAUACGGACUUCAACAGCCUCGGCGGUGGCGAGCGCGUGAGGCUCUGCAAUCCUUGCGUUCCCGAUCCUAAUACGUCGCCACCCCAAGCCCACCAGUCUAUCCAUCGGGCUAGGCACUCGAGAUCGCAGAGCGGCUUUGCAAGUGCUGUAGGGAUUGACCUACGCAGAGGCCCUAUGCAUGUUUCUACUUCUGGUCCUACCGAGAAUGGUGGCAGGAAUGCGCCAUUAAAUCGAGGUCUCAGUCCGACUGGAGGCAUACAGAGCAGAACGAUUUCGGCCACAUCACCGGCCUUGGGACUUCCCGCAAGGCAGCGAUCAAUAUUUGACAUCCCGCCCUCCGAAGACCCGGCAGGCUCCUCGUCAUCCUCUCGAACACGUCAUCAUAACCGUCGCAGCCUGCCCCCUGUUCCUCGACAGCCCUCACCGGCGCGGAGACGACAGCCAAUCCCGGAGGAGGACGAGUGCCCCGUGUGUCACAACGAGUUGCCCAGCCGAACUCUUGCUAAUUUCGAGGCACUGCGCGAAAGUCACAUCACCAAUUGCAUCAUGUCGCAUAGUAGGUACGGCGGAUCACCCGCUGCGGUUGCCUCGCCAACGAGCGUCGGGUCGACGGGCGAGGGACCCUCGUCGCCACCGGGAGUGUUCAGACCAACCGUUAGGCGCACGGGUAUGUUUCCGUACGUUGCUACGGAGAAGGACUGCGUCGACUCGGCUGAGUGCACCAUAUGUCUCGAGGAGUUUGAAGUCGGGGUGAUGAUGGCGAGGCUGGAGUGUCUCUGUCGAUUCCAUCACAGAUGUAUCACGGCUUGGUUUGUUGGACACCCUGGAAGGUGUCCUGUGCAUCAGCAUGAUAGUUUUGGUUUUUAA